AUGUCUGUAAUAUUCAAUGCUGCUAAUAAACUUUUACGUAGUUAUGAAAGUAAAGUACCAUUCGGAUUUCGUUGGAUAAUAAAUGUUAUCGAAUAUGUAUUUACGUUAUUGUUAUUUGUUAAUCUUAUAAUUCGUUAUGUAUGGAAUCAUACAGUUAUUCCAAUAUUGUCACGUUUUAACAUUCCAAUGAUACAAAAAUAUCCAUCAGUAUCAUUUCAAAAUGAUACUGUUCUUAUAACUGGAGCUGGUGGUUGUCUUGGUCAUGCAUUAGCUAUUGAAUUUGCACGUGAAGCUCGUUGUCUUGCUUUAUUAGAUAUACAAAAGAGACCAUUAGAUGAUCUUAAACAUUCAAUUCAACAGAUCUAUGGCAAAGAUCAUUGUCGUAUUUAUACUUAUCGAUGUGAUCUUAGUGAUUUAAAUGCACUCAAAUAUACAAUAACAGCAAUUCGAGAAGAUGUAGGUGAUAAUAUUUCAGUAUUGAUCAAUUGUGCUGCUACAGCUCAUUUUAAAGAUAUUAUGUCUCAUACAGAUGAUGAAUAUCAAUACACAUUAAUCGUUAAUACACUUGCUCCAAUACUCAUUAUUAAAGAUUUACUUGGUGGAAUGAUAGCACGUAAUCAUGGACAUAUUGUUAAUAUUGUUAGUAGUGCAGCAUUAAGUGGAAAUGCUUUUACUUCAUCAUAUUCAUCAUCAAAAGCAGCUUUACUCAAUUUUACAGAAACACUUAAUCAAGAAUUAAUUCUUGCUAAGGCAACUGGUGUUCGAGCUACAGCUAUUUUACCAUUUUAUCUUGAUGGUGGUAUCUAUACAACAUUGCGUAAAUAUGGUAAAGAAAAAGUUUUAGGUAUAACUCCUAAACGUUUUAAUGUAGCAGCACAUGAGAUAAUACGAGGACUUAAAUCAGGUAAUAGUCCAAUAUUUAUACCUUCGUUGCAAUUACGUGUAGCUCGUUUCUUACACGCAAUUCUUCCAGAUGAUAUUUGGAAUCCGUUACUUUUAUAUGUUCUUGGUCGUACAACACCAGUUGUCAAUCAACAUUAA